UUCUUUUUCUGUGUGCUGUGUCAUUGCAAAGACGUGUUUCUUUUUGUGUUUUUUGAUUUUUGUUCUUUUUGGCUACUUUUGCUACAAAAUGCUACUAAACUUACCUCUGGAGAUCGUUGACCAACUGUUCGGUUACCUGAACGAGAAGGACCAAUUGAAUUUUGCCGACGCACACCAAAAACUUGGAAGCGCACUUCUCUUCCAUGCUUGCGGACGAUACGCAAAACUUGACUGUGGCGAAUUCACAGACGACGAACUGAAAGUCAUUCUGGAAACGUGCGGCAACUCUGUAGUCAAAAUUCACAUUGAUCUCCUUGUUGGGACGUCAGUUAUAGAACUUGUGCCAAAGUAUUGCUCUAAAUUGAAAUCCGCUCACUUGUGUGUAUCAAAUGGGAAUAUCACCGCAAUGAAAUCCAUUUUAAGCAUGAAAGACCUCGAAUUCAUUCAGAUUUGGAGUCCGGGAUAUGUGGAAUCGGAUCUUCUUCUUGACAUUAAUGCAGGCUGCAAAAGAUUGGAAAUAUGCUAUAUUACGAAUCCUGGGGUCAACCACUUACAGAGACUGGAACACCUGGAAUAUUUGACGAUUUAUUCGGACCGUAGCGCAGGCGUAAACCAUAUUCUUGAUGUAUGCGUUCAUCUGAAGAAACUUAAAAAUUUAUGUGUAAUAACAGCAGAGGACAACACGACAGGUUCAGUGGAUCAUUAUCAUGAUUUUGUGUAUCCUCAAGUGGAAAGCAUUACAUUUAUGUUCUGCGGAUUAUGUACAGUCUUGCCAUCAUGUCCGAAGCUCCGCACGUUGACCCUGUUUUGCAACGAAUAUCGUAACGUUAGAAUUGGACAAAUGAUCACAAAAUAUGCACUCACAUUGGAACGUGUGACAGUACAGUUAGAGGAUGCGGAAACCGACGGAUUUACUGCAGAGGUUUUUUUGGAAGUUCUUGGAGAAUGCAAAAACUUGCAGACUAUUUCCAUGGGGGCCAUUCAUGUCAUAACGGAUGUGUUCAACGAACAUCUAGACGACUUCAUCAACAUUUUAAUGGCGAAUGGUUUCAAUGAACAGCGUCGUUUUUUGGUGAAUACCGGGUCCUCGAGUGCCAAUGAACACAUUCUGAAAUUGAAGACUGAUUACAUAAACUCCGAAAUAUGGAAUUUACUUAGUUUCCAAGUGAAUGAUUAGAUAUAUUCUUGAUUCCUUCGGAUGGAGCCUCCUUAGUUGAUUCCAAAUUCAAAGAAAAAACAUGCUAACAAAAUGAUCUCAAGCUCUUCAAAUGUUCACAGACGCCCAAAAACUACCAGUCUACCAAUGUUGGAGUCUGUCUCGAUCGAUUCCAAACAAAAGCAACAAAAGUUGAGCAUCAACAGAAAAUAAUAAACAUUAGAUAGAGAUAGA